AUGAAGGAGGGGAAGAAGGAACCACGUUCUCAGAUGGAUUUGCAGGUCCAGUCUGAUACCGUGAGUCAGCUCAAGCGCGUGACGUGUGAAUUGCGCGAGGAACUCGAGCACGAGAGAGGCAGGCGUCUGGAUUUACUCGGCAAUGUGAGCCGUCUCUUCUCAAAACGGGGGAUGGAUCGAUCAAAUUUUGCUUUGAUCAACUUGAAGAUGAGCGGGCACACAAUUCUCUUUGCGACGAGCUAG